UAUAACGCACGCCUCCCCCAGCUCUUUUUUCCUACAUAAAUACCCGACGCCUCACCUUCAUUUCCAACCCUUCACAGAUUAACGACAACGAACGACGACCAUGUCCACCGAUCUCGAAUUCUUGCACGACUUGUCCAAAAUCCGACUGCUCACCGUCAAGACUAGAACGACAGCGCAAGCCUCCAAAGAUGCCGCCGCCGACGAUAUUGGUGGAAACGUGGCGGUGAAGCCGCAAAAGACGGAGGAGGAGGAGGCAAAGGAAAACAACAACAACAACAACAACAACGAGUGCCGGACCCCAACAUCCGAGGAACAUAGAAUUCCCAAGAUCCUAGAUUGUCCCCCGGCGCCACGGAAACCCAGAAGGGUGCCCUCAUGCAAAAGAAAACUGUCUCCGGAGGUCCAAUUCUUCGAGAUCGUGAACCCGGAAGAGGUCGACGCGUUUUUCAGAUCGAGCUUCGAGAAGAUUUCUGCUAUUACGUCUGCCAAGCGAAGCUGCUGCCCAUGUAAAUGAUCAUCAUCGCUGCCUGCCAAGGUUGAAAAUUUUACACGAAUAUUGUUAUUAUUAUUAUUAUUAUUAUUAUUAUUUUUUCCAUUUCUUUCCCUCUUUUUCUUUGUUGUUAUAAAUUUUUAUAUAUUGUUUGUAAUGGCCGGUGGAUAUAUAUGGUUGAUAAAUACGUUCAUAUAUAUCCCACUACUGCAUGAGAUUGGAUUUUAGGGUAGUCCUUAAAUUUGGGAUCUGAAUUUCCUUGGUUAUAAAAGCAGUUAAUUAAUUGA